GCCGGAGAGAGAGAGACUGACUGCGGGCUAAGUUUGUCCGCCCUGGCUUCCCAUCACGAGUCGACGGGGCUUUGUUUCAUUGAUGAAGAACAACCGUCGGUUUCGCUGAAAAAAAACAACAACAACAACAAAAAAAACCAGCCCAAUAGAUACGGCCAAGCACGUUCGUGACAUUUCUGGAUAACUUUAGGGAGACACGGCAAAAAGCGAGUAAGGGAGGGAGAGGGAAAGUGCGACUGAGCGGACGCCUGCAAAGUUGACACUUGGCUGUCAUGUUUUGUACUAGUUGAAAGGGCUACUGUGCGUACCUUAACACAACAGUGGAGCCGGUGUGGGCACCGCGCCGGGAACAGCUUGGAGGUUUGGUUCCUCCUUGCUCCUAGGUCCCACUUUAUUUUGCUGGCUAUUGACUUCUGCAAAUCCCUCUCUGGUGUCAGGGUCUUCUGUAUCACCAUGAGGCAGUGACAGCACAGGGACGGAGAUGGCAGAGCUGGAGAUUGACCAGUCCAACCUUCCACGUGUCCAAGAAGUGUGCCAGUGUUUUGCCGUCUUGGAGGAUGGAGUGUUGGCCCACAACUUGCAGGAGCAGGAGAUCGAGCAAUACUAUACCACCAACAUCCAGAAGAACCAGCUAGUGCAGAACGACAUCCGUGUGGCCAAGAGGCUGCAGAAUGAGGAGGAGGAGCAGCGGGCCCAGCAGAGCGCCACCCUCAGACAGACUUCCAGACAACUAGAGGAGCAAGACUUUGAGUACGCCCGUAUCAUUCAGGAGGAGAUCGUGCGGUGUGAUGAGGAGGCCCGGAGGAGGGAGCACGAUGAUGAGGAAAUAGCUAAACAAAUGCAGGAGGAGGAGGAGCAGAGGAUCAGGAGGUGGAGCAGAGGGCAGGAGGGCUGUAGUGAAGGCAGCGCCGGCGAUCCUGCACUGCCACCCCCACACCAGCACACACUCAGCAGCCUUCACCAAGAAGGGGAGCAGUACUCACCUACCACCACCAGGUGGCAAUAUUCUACCUCUCGCAACCAUUCCGACUUAACUGGGCCUUGGGCUGUCUCCCCCAGGGGACUAGCGGCUCAGGAAAACACAACUUCAUGGUCAAAUCAAGGACACACAGCUUCCAUUAGGCAAAUCAGGAGUGAGUUGAGAGAGCCUUUGAGUGAGGGUUCAGAGGACUCAGACACAGUUUUCUCUGAACCGCUCUCUGUCCGGUCUCAGAGACUGAAUGAAAGGCUCAACACAGCACCUCCUCAAUGGUGGACCUCUUUACAUCAUCCGCAAGAGAGAAACUACAGAAGUGUUUGCUCUCACAGCAGCUUUACAGAUGAGCUCGGAGUGCAGGAGGAGAGAGGAGAGUGGGACGGGGACUAUUAUGGUGACCGAGAGAAGAGGAGGCCUAGGAGUCAGGAUCAGGAAAGGAACCUCAGAGAGGAGUAUGAGGGUUGGCACAGAAGCAGAGAUCAGAGUAGAGACUGUAGGUUGGUUGAGGUAAGAGAAAGGCGAUGUAGUCGCAGUAAAUCUGUUAGGCUACAUGACAGGAACAGACAUGGCAACAGAGACUCAGCAAGGACCUGGAGUUGUAAGGAGAACCCUGACAAACGUGUCCACUUUCAGGACGAUACCAGAAGCUCUAACAGGCAGCAGGAUGAAAGCAGCUACGUCUGGGAGAUGCUAGGACAGGUCCUCAGAGAGAGGGGUGUGCCUGUGAGGUUUGGUGGCAGUGGGGCGCCACUGCAAAUAAGGCCUCAAAGCAGAGACAGCCAGGUGCUUCAUGGGAGUGAGGUCUCCUAUUGCGACUCCCAACCAGAUCAGAGAGUCUUCCAGCGAGCUGCCACCACCAGGCACAGUUUCCAUGGAGAUAUCAGGGAGAGGAGGAGAUCGUCAUACCGAGAGAGCAGUGGGAGAGAUCACAGAGAAGACCGAGAAAGGCACCGCGAUAAUGUGAAGCUUGCUGGAGAGAUUUAUCGCAUUAGUGGGAGAGACUCAUAUCUUGAUAACCGGGAAAGGCAAGGCAGUAGAAGGUGGAGAGAGCACGGAUACACUAAUGAUCACGAAAGGGAAGGAAAUUACAGGGUCAAGAGGACAACAAGCGAAUGCAGGCGUUGGCACAAGACCAUAGAAGAAAGGUUAAGCUCAGAGGAGGAGCAGGAGGCGGAGAGGAGAGUAGAGUGGCCCCCCCGACGAGUCCAUCAGCAUAGCCAAAGCCUCAGCACCAGCGGGGCUUCAACCAGGGAUAGGUCAAGGCACAUGGCAGCAGGAGUGCCACUGCAACCAGAGCCGGCUGAGGCAAGUCUGGAUCUUGGGGAGUUGCAGCAGGUCCUACAAGAUGAAGAACUAGCCCGCAAGCUGCAGGAUGAAGAGGAAAAGCUGUUGAGGAGGAACUCCCAACCCUCUCCGCGCAGUUCUUACCCAGGGGGAGACUUCAGAGUAGCACAAGUGGCGCAGGAUGAGGAAAUUGCACGCUUUAUGCAGAAGCAGGAAAUUACGUCAAAGCGUAGAUCUCGUGAGCUAGAAGGGCCAGCGUCGUGGCGCGAGCACAAAGCAAUGAUCAGUCACCAUGAAAGACGAGCUGUAAGAGAGAGACAGGUCCAACGAGAGCGACUUGACUCAGAGGGCCUUCCUUCCCCCACCGAGGACUGCUCCUCAGAGAACCAGCCACCCAGUCCCAUCUCCACUUCACCACAAGCCCAGCAGAUCAGAAACAUUGCAGAGGAGCUGGACCCAACCUUCCAAGCCCGGAGGCAAGACCCAGAGAGCCUCCGAGUGGGACAAACAGCUCUAGCCUGUCCGUCACUUCCUAUGCCACAUUGUGGCUCACAUGACUUCCUUGAGGAACCUACUUUCGUCCCACCCACAAAGCGGCAAAAUGAAAAAUCAGGACGUACUAAACCAAAAGAGAAGAAGGAAAAUUGCAAGCAACAAUAAUGUCCAGCACAGUGUCCUGUUGGAGGGCAAAUAUAACUAAAUAUGAGUUCAGCUACAGAGUUCUCAUUACUUAUUACUUUUAGGUUGAAAAUUACAAGACUUAAUUUCUACCAGCCUCCCCCAUUAGCACUUUAGACCACUGGAACAAAGAGAAAGAAGUGAGAGAAGUGAUUAUUUUAGAAUAUUUCUUAGUUAAGUGAAUAAUGAAAACACUUUGGACUCAUGCCUUUAUAAUUUUUAAAAGGGAAAACUGAGGUUUGUUGAAGUAUUGUUUGAAUUCAUCAUUGUUGAGUGUCUAAUUUAAACAGUAUACAUUGUUAUUAUGUUUAUAACUUUUAUUUGUCUUUAUUUAGCUAAUCAUUUUGUUGUCAGUAUCCAAAAUGUCAUGUUUGUUUGUAUUUGUUUAAAGAACUGCAGACAUUUCUGCAGUUUUUUUUUUUUUUUUUUUUUUUGCAAUUGUACUUAAGAUUUAUUUCUACACCAAAUAUACUGAACGGAAAUAACCAAGUUCUAAUGAUUGGAUACUUCCUUAGUAUCUGUUUUGCAUUGUUUAAAUGUCAUGUAAUAUUUGGGGUUUUUUGACAUGACUCCAGUCGUGUUUACAGUAGCGCAAUGACAAUCAAAUAUACUUAUUUAAUCCUUUAUUUAAAUGGUUUAAAUCACAUUUACUGAAAAGAUAUAUUUCAACUGUCAUAAUUUUAUGUUAAAGUGCUUUGUUAUAUCCAAAUGUAAAUAUAACCAACUCGUGAGCAUGAAUGUUCAACCUUUGGGGUCAAUAUGUAUGUAACAAAGUAAUCAGAUCAAAGGUUACUAGUUUUUUGGAGCUUUCAACUGCAUUUCCAGGUUCUUCACAUUAGACGCAAAAGAUCAUCCUUGUACUGAGACAGGGGUUAGGUUCCCCCCCCCCCCACG